UGGUUGUACGCCGCCCACGUGAUUCUCCUUGACCGGAGUUUUAACGACAGCUGAGUAGCAGCUAAACCCGACUAAUUUUAUUUUUAAAUGGUCACGUUUGAGCCUUUAAACCACACUGACGGCAACUUGUGCAUUAUGGGCGACAAGAAGAGUCCUACAAGGCCGAAACGGCUGCCGAAACAGCCGCCAGCCGACGAUGGUUACUGGGACUGCAGUGUCUGCACCUUCAGGAACACCGCCGAGGCGUUCAAGUGCACGAUGUGCGAUGUCAGGAAAGGGACGUCUACGAGAAAACCCCGACCCGUUUCCCAGUUGGUGGUACAGCAAGUGAAUCAGCAAUAUGCACCACCGCCCACCCUGCUUAAAAAGGAGAAGAAAGAAAGAUCAGAGAAGAGCGACAAAGAACUCACGCUGAGGAAGAAAAGCCUAAAAAAAAUGAGACCAAGGUUAAAAAACGUGGACCGGAGCAGUGCUCAGCAUUUGGAGGUUACAGUCGGUGACCUAACGGUGAUAAUCACAGACUUUAAGGAGAAAGCCAAACCUAUGUCUACUUCCACCAGCGCCGCAGCCGGCGACCCGCACAAUCAAAGCGGCUCGAGCUCCGACAACACUGAGCGAGGGGUGUCGCGCUGCUCCUCGCCGCGGGGUGACGGCUCGUCAGUCAACGGGGACGCUCAUUGAACCUCGGAUUUGCCAACGCGGCAAAAGCCACUCUGAUGCACUCAACCAGAGCUUGACAUGCAUGUUUUUAACUGCCAUUUUUUUUUUUUAGCAUUGGCUUCCACAUUUGGGGGGGGGUUGAUGAUACUUUAGGUUUCAUUAACUGCCAGAUCAAACCCAAUAAACGGACCGAAUGAACAUUAUAGAGCCCCUGACGGUGCGACAUUAUCAAAGUGAUGCAUUAAGAAAGCAAUGUGAAGUUUAUUUCAUGUUGUAGUUUACGCUAGAAAUUUUGUUCUUUGCACUUGAGAGGUUCAUGAUGACAUUUUUUGUGCCCCCCAUCAUUAUUAUUAGUCAAUCAUAACACUUUUUACUUUUGGACCCAUGUCUUUGGAUGCAAUACAUGUUUUCCUGUCUAACAAUUUAGUAAGAACAAUUUACUUUUUCACUCUACUAGAUCAGAGCAUGAUUCAAUCUAUGGAAUGGUUUAUAUUGUAAAAUACUGUGAAUUAAAAUAAUUGUAGAUUCUUGUA